GACUUUUGCCUUCCGCGUUGGCAAUUCCUUUGGUGCCGACUUUUCUCCACGUCAGUUUUGCGUUGUAAACAGAUAAUAUUGGAGCGUUGUUAUAAAACACUCAUGUAAACAUCGACGAUAACUUUGUAGUUAUCUAAGAAAGCAGCUACCAGUCGCGUCGACAAUGUCAUUAACGUUACUGGAGACGGAUGACAGCUAUGACUUUGUUUUUAAAAUAGUUUUAGUAGGAGAUGUAGGUGUUGGCAAAACUUGUGUGGUUCAACGGUUCAAGUCUGGCAAUUUCAUGGAAAGACAAGGAAAUACGAUCGGAGUGGACUUUACCAUGAAGACAAUGGAUAUUCAAGGAAAGAGAGUGAAGCUGCAGAUCUGGGACACUGCGGGCCAGGAGCGUUUCAGGACGAUCACCCAGAGUUAUUACCGCAGCACCAACGGAGCCGUCAUUGCCUAUGACAUCACUAAGAGAGGAACCUUCAUGGCUGUGCCCAAGUGGAUGGAGGACGUCAAGAAAUACGGAGGGUCAAACAUUGUACCCCUGCUCAUCGGGAAUAAGUCUGACCUGGUGGAUCAGCGUGAGGUGUCGUUAGAAGAUGCCCAGACCAUGGCCCACCAGCUGGAGUUCCUGACGGCCAUUGAGACGUCGGCUAAAGACGCCUCCAACGUGGAUGAGGCCUUUAACAAGAUGGCCGCCGAGCUCAUCCUGCGCCACGGGGGACCCAUGUUCAACGAGAAUGUGACGGAAAGCUUCAAACUCAACAGCAAAGACAUGGGCGGAGAAGGCUGGGGCUGUGGCUGCUGAUAGGUGGAGAAGGCUGGUGCUGUGGCUGCUGAUAGGUGGAGAAGGCUGGGGCUGUGGCUGCUGAUAGGUGGAGAAGGGACUGUACAUGUUGAUAAUU